AUGAUCGCUAUGAGCAGAUCAGCGGAUGUUCCAUCUGGGAAAUAUCUUAAUAAAACCCUCAUGGUACUAAUAGGUAAUAUGCUAGGGGAGUUUGGAAAUAGGUUAAUAAUAAUUAUUAUAGACCUCCAAUCAGAUGUAAUUACUUCUAGUGAUCUGGAAACUUCUAUGUUUAUGUGGCUCUUCUCAAUAAUACCAAUAACUAUAGGAAGCAUUCUUGCGUCCAUACACUUAUAUUUUCGUAGUUUAGGAGCAAGUAUUAACGAUGUUUAUAGAGAAAAUAUCCGUUUUAGUAAUGCAAAACGACAAUAUAACAUUGCAAAAUAUGCAUUACAACGGUGCAUACCAAUGGUUUCAUUAGUUUGGGUCAUUCAGGCCAUUGAAGGAUUCUUUAACACAGGAGCAGUUGUUUGCACUAUUGAUGCUUUUCCUCAGAUUAGCAACUCAUUUGAAUGCGCGCUGAUAUUAAUUUUCAUGGCAUUUCUAGACCUUACUGGCAGAUGUAUUGUUAUAUUUAUGAAUCUCCUCGGUUAUAAAAUAGAAAGGAACAAAUCUAUAGUGUCAAAUUCCGAGAGUACACAUAAAUUUAAAACUUCUAUAAGCUAUCUUUGGGUAUCAAUAGCAUUUAUAAGAAUACCGUCUGCGUUGUUAUUGUUACUUGGCAGACAUUAUCGAGAUGUAUUAGGUACAUUUUUAGAAGCAAAUGUAAUUGCAACAAUAUCAACAUUAAAUCGUUUUUUAAGAGGAAUUAUAAUAGGACUGGUAUAUUACUCUCUUUAUUCCACAGCUUAUGAAGAAUCUCUGAAGUUUUAUAAUCUGCCACCAAAGGUUUCAAUUAAUGAACCCUUGGAAUGCAUGGACCAAAGGGUUACUUCUGCAAAUUCUGCUGUUCUUGUUAUUCCACUGGUAUACCUUAUCGAAAUCGUCAUAAUGUUAAUAUCUCUAUACUUUGGUUUCAAGUAUCAGAUGUUAAUUUUCGAAGCAGAGAAUUUAGAUAAUUCAACCUGGCCCACUGACUUCACAGAUAAUCAUGGAAAGAAGUUUUGGUAUUGGAUAUCCAACAUAAUGUAUUCUGUAUUUCAGGAUAUAGAGUACCCUUUUGGAUUAUGCAAAUAA